CGACAACUUGCUGAAAGGACCAAUGAACCGUAGGAGAGCUCCUCGUCGCAUCAAUGUCACGUGACACCGAACCAUCACUGCUCGGGAAAAGUAUGCUGCAGUCUACUUUCUCAGAUGGACACUGCUUUCGGCCAGAUUUUGAUAUUUCUGUCAUCAAAGACAAAACAGUGAUAGAAAAUGCAGCAGAACCCGAGAGAAGCCCAGAGAAUGAGAAGAGGGACGUUGAAAUGCAAACAUUCCUACUGGCGUACCUCACAGCUAAGAUGGAGAGCAAUACUGCAAAACUUAAGGCUGAGGCAGAGGCAAGGAUCCUGCAGAUGAUGGAGGAAGAAAAGGCACUGCAUAAUGAGGUCCAGAGGAAGAAGCGCCAAUACCUGCUCGCAGAAAAGAAGAGGCUUGAGAAUGAGCUGUUGGAUUUGCAGAUUGCUGCAUUGACUCCUGUGCCAGAAGCUGCCAAGCAGUUCACAGAGGACUACAUGUGUUUUGCAACAGCUGUUGACACCACCCGACAUGAGCUGCCUGUCAAGAAUUUCUUCAUUGAUGGGGACAGAAGGGAAUUUCUAGAUAAAGCUGAGGCUUGCCUGAAGGAGAGCGAGAAGUUGCUGGUGGAGUGCACUGAGGGAAAUCAUAAGGACAACAGCACAUCUCUCGAGUGCCUUAGAGAUAUAAAAAUGACAUCAAAGGACAUCAGUCAGCAGCUGUCAGGUGCAUUUUCAGAGCUGCUGGAGCUGUCAUCACUGGUCUGCCGCCAUACAGUCCAUGUCCAGCAGGCCAUGGAAGAAGAGCAGCUUGGUACAGCAAGAACCCAUGAGCUCUACUGCCCCAAACAGUGAAGGAUACCACACAGCAUGGGGAUACACAGUACAUGCACUUUUCCACCCCCGUCCAUCCACUUUCCCUGGUUUGAAUAUGUUUGUGCCAUUUGUGUCUUUUUAUGUGUGCUGUUUGAUUUCUUUGCAGCUGUAUUAUGAGAAAUUGUAAAUGUUUAAUAAUGACUGAUAGUGUUUUAUAGAUGGAAAAUUGUUCAUAAAUAGAAAACAACAAUAAAAAUAUAAAUUGAACAGAACCAACAGUAUUCGAGAUGCGGAUAUUUCACUUUUAUGUUUUGUUAAAUACAGCUGCAAAAAAUCUUAAUGGAUUGUCAAUGCUGGGAAUACAAAUAUGUGAGCCGAGUUGUAAGAGUCAGAAUUCAGAAAAGUUUAAAUGCACAUGUUUGUUAUUGUACAGUACAGAUACAGGUCAGGAGCAUCAGAUGAUGAUAAUUUCAAACAUCAGAAUGGUGGGGUGACUUUGACUGUGGCAUGAUUGUUGAUGCCAGAUGGGCUGGUUUGAGUAUUUCUGAAACUGCUUACCUCCUGACAUUUUCAUGCCCUGGGAAUGUCAUAUCCUACCUGAGUGUUUGCUGACCCGUGCAUCCCUUUAAGGCCACAAUUUGCACAUAUUAUAAUGGAUACUUCCAUGUCGCAAAACAAAACUUAUAUGUAAUGGCCUUCAUGAGCAUAAUAAUGAGUUUAGUGUACUUCAGUGGCCUCCCCAGUCACCACAUCUGAAUCUAUCUGAGAC